UCCAGCCUAAGCCAGCCGGCCAGCCUGCCUCGUCACCUCUCCCACACACCCCACACGCUCACCCAUGCUGCGCACCUCCAAGCCGCGCAACGCCCGCUCCAAGCGCGCCCUCGAGGCACGCGCGCCGCGCGAGCACGAGGCGGCCAAGAAGGCCAUCUUCGUGCGCGGCCCGCACAGCAGCGACAAGGUGGCGCUGGCGUUCCGCGACCUCGCCGCACUCAAGAAGCCCGACGCCAUCCAGUUUGCCAAGAAGAACGACUGCCUGCCCUUCGAGGAGGCCGGCGCCUCGAGCCUCGAGUUCUGGGCGGGCAAGAACGACACCAGCCUCUUCGUCGUGGGCAACACGCAGAAGAAGCGCAAGGACAACCUCGCCUUUGCGCGCAUCUUCGACGGCCACGUGCUCGACAUCAUCGAGAUGGGCGUACUGGAGGGCAAGGGCAUCUCCGAGUUCAAGUCUCCCUUCGCUCCGUCGCUCGGUGCCCGGCCACUGUUCCACUUCUCCGGGCCGCACUUCUCGCCCGAUGCCUCGGCUGCCGACAGCGACGCCUCCUUCAGCGGCGCGCUGGCGAUGUGCAACCACGGCGUGCACGCGUCGUUCCAGCACCUCAAGUCCAUGUUCCUUGACUUCUACCGCGGCGAGGAGUCGCCGCCGGGCUCGGGCCCCGGCGCUGUGCCUGGCGCGUCGGGCAACCAGGUCUCGCUGCGCGAUGGCCUGCAGCACAUUGUCUGCGUGACCGAGGGCCCGGAGCCGGCGGCGCAGGUACCCGUCUCGGACAACAGGGAGCUGGCAGAGCUGUACGCCGCCGGCGCCGCACAGACGCGCGAGGGCUCCUCGUCGAUCGACAACAGCGCUGCGGGGCGCACCGUCUACUUCCGCGUGUACGCGCCGCGUCCGUCGGGGCGAGGCGCCGGCGGCGCACCCACGAUGGAGCUGGUGGAGGUGGGCCCGUCCUUCGACUUUGUGCUGCGGCGACGCCAGCCGGCCGACUCUGCGCGGCUGGCCGCGUCGCUCAAGCGGCCCAAGACGGCGGCGGAGAAGAACACGCAGGGCAAGACGAAGCGCAAGAACGUCGAGACGGACGACAUGGGCGACAUGAUUGGCCGCGUGCACAUGGAGAAGCAGGACCUCGGCAAGCUGCAGACGCGCAAGAUGAAGGGCCUCAAGCCGGGCCGCGACCCUGCGGCGGCGGGUGGGGACGAGGAGAUGGAGGGCGACGAUGACGACGACAGCGAGCUGGGCUUCUUGGAGGACAGCGACGAGGAGCUCAUCUUUGAGGGCAGCGAGGGCGACGAGGGCCUCGAUGCAGACGACGACGACGAGCACCUCGACGACGAGAUGGCCGACAUGCUCGAGACGGCCGGCGAGGUCGAGGCGCCGAAGAAGAAGGCGCGCAAGUAGAGCUGCCCUCUCGUUCCUGCCCUCGCACGCUCCCUUCACGCAUAGGUCCAUCUGUUCACCUGCUUCUCAACCCUGUAAUCUAGCAUUCUUGCCUCUAACAUCUGCCGCAUC